ACACGUAAAACCUUUUUGUUUUACGCCACUUUGACAACUGAGAAAAAAUACAGCAAACUUAUUGUCAGUUUGGCUCCGAAGUUAUUUUGCAUAUCGAUAAAAUUAAAUAAUGCUGAAAUCACAUUUCAAUCUGCAGAAAGACGAUGAGGAGGAGCAGGAAGAGACGAUGGCAGAAGAGCCGUCGAGCGAAAUGGAAAUGGUGGUUGUUAAAGAAAAAAACAUCGAAUACAAAGUAAGGAAGCUGGACAAGUUCGAAGUGAUUUCUAGACUCAGUAUGCUAGGGAAGACAGCGGAAGGAGAUGGUUACACUUACUUGAAAGCGAACUGUUCAGGAAUGAAAUUAACAGACUUAUCGGGUAUAAAAAGCUUUAAACAUUUACAAUUCGUUGAUGUUUCUAACAAUUCUCUAGACUUGGACGCGCUACAAGUGCUCACAGAGUUACCGUUUCUGGUUCUGAUACAAGCUGACAAAAAUGUACUAUACUCAGCAGCUCUUAAGAAAAUGAAAUAUCUACAAGUGAUCAUUAUGAAUCACAACUUCAUAUCAUCUGUUCACGACGUCUACCAGCCUGAAUUAUCGACCUUAGAGGUCGGAUAUAACAAGAUAGAGAGAGUGUAUUUCGAACAUCGUAUGCAAAAUAUAAAAUGUCUCGAUUUUCGAUACAAUUUAAUUAAAGAUAUUGCUGAUUUUGAUUUUCCCAAAUUAGAUAGCCUGUAUUUGGCUGGAAAUAAAAUAACUAGUUUGGUCGGCUUGGAGAGGCUGGUCAAUUUGAGAAUAUUACAUGUUCGAUACAAUCCUAUAAAGUCUCUUAAUGGUUUUGAUGCAUGUCUAACAAAAUUGCAAUACGUGAAUCUGAGAAAUUGUAAAGUUGCUUCAUUGAAACAAGUUAAGAAAUUGAAGGUAUUGACAGCCCUGGACACAUUAGUGAUGAAAGGGUGCCCUUAUAUGGGAGGCACUGGGGAAGAAAAUGCUGAAGUGGGCAACGAGGAGGAAGACAUGGAAAUAAGAAUCGAAAUACUGGCCGCGUUACCAAGGCUCAAGAGGAUCAAUAAAGGCGUUGUUACGGCUGAGGAGAGGGAUGAAGCUAAAGAACUGAUGAUGCAGUGGUUGGAAGAAGGUGAGAUAGAUGAAGAAGAUAUUGAAGAGGAGCCCAAUGAAGAAGAAUUUAAUGCCAAUGAUUAAUUUUUAUCAUUGAUAAAUACAAUAUUACUUGUAAAAGUCAUUCAAACAAUAAAGUUCUUGUUU